AUGCUGCCCUCGCAGGAGGCCUCCAAGCUCUACCACGAGCACUACAUGCGGAACUCGCGAGCCAUCGGCGUGCUGUGGGCCAUCUUCACCAUCUGCUUCGCCAUCAUCAACGUGGUGGUCUUCAUCCAGCCCUACUGGGUGGGCGACAGCGUGAGCACCCCCAAGCCUGGCUACUUCGGCCUCUUCCACUACUGCGUGGGCACCGGGCUGGCGGGCCGCGAGCUCACCUGCCGGGGCUCCUUCACCGACUUCAGCACCAUCCCGUCCGGCGCCUUCAAGGCGGCCGCCUUCUUCGUGCUGCUGUCCAUGGUCCUGACCCUCGGCUGCAUCACCUGCUUCGCGCUCUUCUUCUUCUGCAACACCGCCACGGUCUACAAGAUCUGCGCCUGGAUGCAGCUCCUGGCAGCUCUGUGCCUUGUUCUGGGCUGCAUGAUCUUCCCUGACGGCUGGGACGCCGAGACGAUCCGGGACAUGUGCGGGGCCAAAACAGGGAAGUACUCCCUGGGGGACUGUUCGGUGCGCUGGGCGUACAUCCUGGCCAUCAUCGGCAUCCUCAACGCACUCAUCCUCUCCUUCCUUGCCUUCGUGCUGGGCAACCGGCAAACGGACCUGCUGCAGGAGGAGCUCAAGCCGGAGAACAAAGAUUUUGUGGGCACUACAGUAAGCUCUGUGCUGCGACCAGGAGCGGACGUCGCGGGCUGGGGAGUCCUGCCCUGCCCUGUCACUCACUCCCAGGGACCCUGAAGCCAGGAUCGCGCAGCCCAGGAAUUGGCCUGACCACAGUGUGUCCUGUCUGCUGCCCUCUCGUCCCCACACUCAGGUUUGAGGGAGGACCCUGAUCUCUGACUGACCGCUUGUGGAAGGCUGGCCAGGACCUGCAGGCUUUCAAGAGAACACAGGGCCAUCUGCAGCCUGGGGGGGAGGGGAAAGGCCCCAGACCCUGGGAGGCCUGAGCCAACCCUGCCUCAGUUUGACCUAAGGGGGCCCAGGUCCCCUCAAUUCCUUG